CGAAGAUGUUACGAUCGUGUUGCCGACCGUUGGAGAGAUGUUUUGGGAGGCGGAGCGGUGACGGACUGUUUUGGCACAUGGAUUUGAAGCCUCACGCUUCCGGAGACUUCUCGAUCGCCGUCGUUCAAGCCAAUUCGAGCCUCGAAGACCAGAGUCAGGUCUUUACAUCGCCGUCGGCUACGUAUGUCGGAGUCUACGAUGGCCAUGGUGGCCCCGAAGCUUCUCGCUUCGUCAACAAACACCUAUUCUCUUAUUUACAAAAAUUUUCUACGGAAUACGGGGGAAUGUCUGCAGAUGUGAUAAAGAAGGCAUUUAAUGCGACAGAAGAGGAUUUUGUCCAUCUAGUGAAGCAAUCAUUGCCGCUUAGACCUCAGAUUGCUUCGGUUGGAUCGUGUUGUCUUGUAGGUGCAAUCUCGGAUGGUGAAUUGUUUGUGGCCAAUCUAGGAGACUCGAGGGCUGUUCUUGGUCGGAGAGAUUUGGAGGACCCAAAGAGUACAGUGGUGGCGGAACGCUUGUCCACGGAUCAUAAUGUCUCAUGUGAGGAGGUCAGGAAGGAGGUGGAGUCACUUCAUCCCGACGAUUCGGCUGUUGUGGUCUAUUGCCGUGGAGUAUGGAGAAUUAAAGGCAUAAUUCAGGAAUCACAUGCUCUGCCCCUUGGUGCACCGUCUCAUGCAGCUGAAGUUAAGAGUAGCAUGUGUUCCAUGCAUGAGAUAUACAUGAAGAUUUCAUAAAGCAAAAUGUUGUGAUUCUAUUGAAAUUUUAUUCCUCUUUACAUCUUGGCCAUCCGGAAGACCCUUAUGGCUAUAAAUUCACAUGAUGCUCAUGUGACUUCUAAGAUCUUAUUUUUGUUUCCUUCCAUACACUUUGAGGUGUCAAGAUCUAUUGGUGACGUCUAUUUGAAGAAACCUGAGUUUAAUAGAGACCCAAUUUUGCAGCAAUUUGGAAACCUUGUCCCAUUGAAAAGGCCUGUUUUGUCAGCAGAGCCCUCGAUCAUUAAAAGAAAGCUUAAGCCACAGGACUUAUUCUUGAUAUUUGCCUCAGAUGGGCUAUGGGAACAUUUGAGUGAUGAAACAGCAGUGCAGAUAGUAUUGAAGAACCCAAGAGCUGUAAGUGCCCAGACUUUUAUAGACAUUAUUAUUUUAUGGCAUAGUAGCAAUCUUGCUUGCAUUUGCCAGUUUCAAGUUUGUUUUCAGUGAAGCAGCUAGCUUGAUUGAAUACCUCUUUUGCAAUUGAUCCCACACUUUGUUGCCAUUAAUUCAUCCUGAACUCUUGGAAUGGAUUGGUCAGAUUUUAAUUUCAUGCUUGUAAUUAAAUUAUUUCAUCACCAAAGUAAACACUGUAGAAAUUGAGUAGAAGUUCUGAUUGAAACCCCCAAUCCUGCCACAAUCUAUAUCUGAUCAAAAAUCCAGUUGAUUGAGUAAGAGAAACAUGAUUCAAAAGAUCAUACCAAAUGUUAGAAGAUUGCUCCUUGUAUGUGUAGUUUUUAUUUGCCAUUUGUCAAAAUUCCCCUUGGCAAUAAGCAUAACUCGCUGCUUGUGACUUGUGAAAUACUUGCAGGGAAUAGCCAAGAGAUUGGUAGGAGCUGCCCUUGGGGAGGCUGCAAAGAAGAGGGAGUUGAGAUACGCCGACAUAGUGAAAAUCGAGAAGGGAAUUAGGCGUCAUUUCCAUGAUGACAUUACUGUGAUAGUGAUCUAUCUUGAUCAUCACAAAGGCCGCCCCACCAAUCGGAAAUCUAAGCAAGGAACUCCCGGCGGCAUUACUGCUCCUGUCGACAUCUUUUCAUAUAAUUCAAAUGAAAUCGUGGAAAAUCCAUAUGAUUAAGAGUUUAUAGAACCCGAUGGAUGGUCGCAUACUGACAGAAUUAUGAGUAGAGUUUAGAUGAUAAUUCACAUACACAACUAGGUCUGUUAUGUUGAACAGAAAAGGAUUUUUUGUGGUGAAUACAGGAACGGUGUAGAUAUUGCCUAGUGGGAUGCUCACAAGCACAUGGCUAUUGGGUUUUUCGUGUGAAGUUAUGACUGCC